AUGCCAUACAAACGACCGCUGCGAACGGGGGGAAGCCGCGUGGCAAUAAGGGUAUCAGGCACAACCACGCUGGACCAGCUGAAGCUGCAGAUCUGGGAGUCCCUGGGAGUGGUCCCUGAGAACCAGCGCAUUGGAUUCGGCACGGAGGAAGUUACUGAUUUGGAGGAGCAUGAGGGGCUGUCGCUAGUGCAAGCUGGAGUGUUUGCUGGUGCUCGGCUUUGGGUGGUGGAUACUAAAGUGCACAAGGACAGGGACAUUGCAGAGGAGCUCCCAGUUGUGGAUGAUUCUCAAAAGGAGGAGGCAGGUUUUAAGGGCACAGGUCUGGCUGGUGGUUUCCCAGUAACUAGUUUUCCUGUAGCAGACACAGCAACAGUAGCAGCAGACACUGCAACGGUAGCAGCCGAGGUCAUGAAGUCGGGUGUAGAUGAUGCUGCAGAUGGUGCUGCAGAUGAACUUAGCAGCGUCGGCACGAUGGCGACAGCGGGGACGCAGAUCAUCGAGUCCGGUCACGCCGACGCGAUUCACGACGUGCAGAUGGACUACUACGGCAAGCGACUGGCGACGGCGUCGUCCGAUCGCUCGAUUCGCGUAUUUUCCGUCGCAGGCGACCACCACUCGCAUCUCGCGGAUCUGAUUGGUCACGAGGGUCCGGUCUGGCAAGUGGCAUGGGCUCACCCCAAAUUCGGGUCCAUCCUCGCAUCCUGCUCGUACGACCGCAAAGUGAUCAUCUGGAAAGAAACCAGCGAGAACCAGUGGAUCAAGGCUCAGGUGUUUUCAGACCAUGAAGGCUCAGUGAACAGCAUCAGCUGGGCGCCUCACGAGUACGGGCUGGUGCUCGCAUGCGCCUCCUCUGAUGGCUCCAUCUCCAUCCUCACCCACCGCGCCGACGGCGGCUGGGAUGCCUCCCGGAUCCCCCAAGCUCACCCUGUGGGGGUUACUUCUGUUUCCUGGGCUCCUGCCACGGUUCCAGGAAGUUUCCUGGGGUCGGGUCCGAAUCCGGUGCUGCGGUUUGUGUCGGGAGGGUGUGAUAAUAUGGUGAAGAUUUGGCGGUAUUUGAGUGAGGGAGGGGGAGGGUGGCGGCUGGACGGUGCGCCGCCUGGUUUGGCCCGGCACACGGAUUGGGUUCGGGAUGUGGCUUGGGCGCCAAACCUGGGCCUGCCUAAGAGUACAAUCGCCAGUGCUUCACAGGAUGGCACUGUAUUGAUCUGGACCCAGACGAGCGAGUCAGACCCGUGGAAACCCCUGCUGAUGCAGGACUUCAAGGUGCCUGUGUGGAGGGUCAGCUGGUCGCUCACUGGAAACAUUCUUGCUGUGUCGGAUGCAAAUAACAAUGUGUCGCUCUGGAAGGAGGCUGCAGAUGGGCAAUGGUCCCAAGUCUCCACUAUCCAACAACCAUAG